AUGAAUAGAAUGAGUCGGGCAUAUUUUCAAAUGUGGAGGUGCGAAGGGUUGGGAUGUCCUACUACUAAUAAUCAUCAAGCUAGGACGGUGGUAUCAUCGUCGGGUGGUGAGAAGGAUCAUGAUUGGAGGCGCACCAAUUCAAUAUUAAAAUUAUUUAAUCUUUUUGAUCGGAAUAGUAGCAAUAGUAGUGGUGGUUAUAAAUAUUGUAAAAAUAAUUUUUCCAUGAUGAUGAUAAGUUUUGGAGUGAUGAUCAUGUUGUUAAUGUCAUUAUUGAAUAGUACGAGUUUUGUGAAUGCUGCUGAAGUGCCAUUAUUAUUGGGAAGUGGAUCUUCACUUGUUGAAGAAUUUCAUAAAGAAGCAGCAAAUUAUUUUAUUGGAUACAUGAGAAGAAGUGUCGAUGUAAUGUAUGAUGCCUCUGGAUCGGGGACUGGUGUGAAAAAUUUAUUUAAUUCGAAUGGAGUUUAUUCAUUUGCAGCAACUGAUUAUGGAUUAAAGGCAGCUGACAGAAAAAUUAAUACAGAUGCAAAAGUGUUGCCAAUCAUGACAACAUAUAUUUCAAUAAUUAGUAAUAUUGAAGGAUUGAAGGGUGGUUAUUCAAUUACCUUUUCCCAGGAGGCGCUUGUAGGAAUAUUUAAUGGAACCAUUUCCAGAUGGAAUGACCAAACAUUGCAAUUGUUGAAUCCAUCACUUGCACUCCCAAAUACAUCAAUUUAUGUGGUUGUUAGAAAUGAUUCAAGUGGCACUACUGACAUGCUCACUACUGGAUUAUCAUCAUUUUCAAAGGAGUGGGCUUCAACAUAUGGAUCGGGAACUUUAAUCAAAUGGUCAUCCCUCUUAUCGAACAGAAUAAUCUAUGCAGAGGAUGCCAAAGAUGUUUCUUUCAUCAUUACUAGCACACCAAACACUAUUGGGUACUCUACACCUACUACUUUUGAGCAGCAUGCUCCAGCAACUAUCAAAACAAAAUUAGGAGCUUCUGUCACUCCCUCAUCGAGCUAUCUAAAAGGUGUAAUAACAAGUGGAAUAUCAUUUAAUGAGAAUUUUAUGCAUCCUUCUGUGGUUAUAGAUAGGCCAGAUAUUUACCCAUUCGUUGGUGUUUCUUAUAUUGUCUAUUUGUCAUCCACAAUGAAUGAUUGUGUAAAGGCUACUUAUUUGGGCAAGCUUUUGGAAUAUUAUACUUCAGAUAGAGCUACCAAGAUUAUUGAGGAUGCCGCCUUUUCUUCACUCUUCAUUGAUGCAUCUGUAAAGGAAAGAUAUAUGGGAUAUUUGAAAAAUUUCACAUGUAAUGGUAAACCUGUACUGAGUUCCAGUUCCAUCACUCAAUAUUCGAUAGCACUUUUAAUUUUAUUGAUUAUUCAAUUAUUAUGUAUUUUAUAAGUUAUAUAUUUUACAAAACCAAAGCAAAUAAUGCAACGAUAACCAUAAUUAAGGAAACAAGAUGCAUACUCAAUACAUUUGCGCUAUUAACUCUUGUAUCGAAAGUGGUAUAUGUUUGUACAUAAUCCAAAUAACUUGUAACAUUUGUAUAGAUACCUCUAUUUGAAACCGAUCCUGCAGUUCCACAUCCGUUAGGUCCAAAACUAACAAUACCAAAAACAAUAUAAUCAUUUGUAGAAUUAGGAGCUUUGUAAAAUAAUGGCCCUCCAGAAUCACCUUGACAGCUAGUUAUCAUUAAUUAAUUAUUGGAAUUAAUAUUUUCAACUUAAAUAAUGAGGAAUAAAUACACCUACCUGUCAU